ACGGCAAUUUUCUGAAAUGCGUUAAUAAACAAACAUCGUUUUGUAAAAAAUUUAAAUAAUUAAUAACCCAUAUUUUACUUAAUUAGCAAUAUUGUAGUGCUACAAAAUGUGGCUUGUUGCAGCAGUGCUAGGUACAUUUGCGAAAUUUGUACAAUUCAUGUUUGUUUUUAGUGUGUAACCUUAAAAGUCGACAAUUUCUUUGUAGUGUCCCUUCCCUGUAGAAUUUUAUAAAAAGCGAACAGAUAAUCCUCUUAGUGUUGGUGAGGCUUCUUCGACCUUGUUAGGCUAACAAGAUUACUACGUGUAAAAAUUUAUAAAAGCAUGUUGAUUAUUUAAGUGUAUAAAGUGGUUAUUGGGUGGUGAAGCGUUGUCUGUUAAGGGUGAUUUUUUUUAUAGAUGGUAAACUACAGGCCCCAACGUAGAGUACAACUUGAACAUGGCUUGUUUCCAAAGCGACGAGGCAAAGGAACAAAAACGAAUUAAUCAGGAAAUUGAAAAACAAUUAAAAAGAGACAAGAGAGAUGCUCGCAGGGAACUUAAGCUACUUUUGUUAGGCACUGGUGAGUCUGGUAAAUCAACUUUUAUAAAACAGAUGAGAAUUAUUCAUGGAUCUGGCUACUCUGAUGAAGAUAAGCGCGGCUUUGUAAAACUAGUCUAUCAAAAUAUAUUUAUGGCAAUGCAGAGUAUGAUUAGGGCGAUGGAUCUAUUAAAAAUAUCAUACGGCUCUCCAGACUGUGAGGAAAAGGCAGAAUUGAUUAGAGGUGAGGAUUAUGAAACGGUGACAACAUUUGAAAACCCUUAUGCAGAUGCAAUAAAAGAUUUGUGGAACGAUAGCGGCAUCCAGGAAUGUUAUGACAGGCGUCGAGAAUAUCAGCUGACAGAUUCUGCAAAAUAUUAUCUUAGUGAUUUGGAGCGCAUAAGAGACCCAAGUUACUUACCUACAGAGCAAGAUAUCCUCAGGGCUCGAGCGCCGACUACUGGAAUCAUUGAAUAUCCCUUUGAUUUAGAUUCUAUCAUAUUUAGAAUGGUAGACGUAGGAGGUCAGAGGUCAGAGAGAAGAAAGUGGAUUCACUGUUUCGAAAACGUCACCUCCAUCAUUUUCUUAGUAGCUUUAAGUGAAUACGAUCAAAUCUUGUUUGAAUCUCAAAAUGAGAAUCGAAUGGAAGAAUCUAUGGCACUAUUUAAAACCAUCAUUACUUACCCAUGGUUUCAGAACUCCUCUAUAAUUUUAUUCUUGAACAAAAAGGACUUACUGGAAGAGAAAAUCAUGACAUCGCAUGUGGUGGAUUAUUUUCCGGAUUUCGAUGGACCUAAACAGGAUCAUGUUCAGGCUCGAGAAUAUUUUCUGAAAUUGUACUUAAAGCAGAAUCCUGAUCCUGAGCGACAGUGUUACUCGCAUUUUACCACCGCAACAGACACCGAAAACAUUAAACUAGUGUUUUGUGCAGUGAAAGAUACCAUAAUGCAAAACGCACUGAAGGAGUUUAAUUUAGCCUGAAAUGUUUUUGUUAUGCUCAUUUUAAGUUUAAUUUUUUAUGUAAUUGUAAAUGGUGAUAGUGUUUGUAGUAAGUGAAUGUGAAUUGUGUGUGUAUUUUCACAGUGAAGUGUGUUUAGCUGUUUCGCUUUACUUUUUUUUUGUGUUCAUGGGUCUGAUGUAGAAUAUGAAAAUACAUUACAUUUCAUGUUUUAUUAUUAUUGAUUAAUAUUGACAGUGUAUAACGCAUGUUUUGUUUGUGAAUGUGAAAAUACAGUACAAUAGUGUUUGA